UGCCCUCGCUAUCAUGGACAGUUCCGUUGUCGGCUGAGUUAUUGCCGACUCGCAAGAAGCCGGAGCAUUACGGAGACGGACUCGUACACUAUUUUAUGCAACUCGACAUAUGCCCGGCAUAAACACGUACAGAACCACUAAACUAGAUUCGCGCGUAUCAACGGUACAAUGUCAGGAGCUUUCUUUUCCCACUGCAAAAGCUUCUCCCCUCACCGUAAAAGUAGUAACUCCCUAGCGUGGAGCUUACAGCAACGAGCUGCCCAUUGUUCAACACGAGACUCCAUUCCAAUUUGAUUAUUACUGAUUAGGAAGCUUUCAUCAUGAGUGAUACCAGUCAGGUUGAGACGGCCCAGUCGACAAUCCAGUCGACUGCGCCGUCCAUUGACCCGUCUCUCGAUGGCAGCGGCGUGUCGAGUGCAAGUGGCGGUACCAGCCCAAGUGGCGGUAACAUCAAGAUGGACGACCUUUGGGUCGCGUUGCCAAAGCCAGCACAAACUGUUACGUCCGAAUCGCUGCCUGAUCGCGUGAGGAGGAUCAGAGUCGACGUCGAGGAGCUCGAGGUCUUUUACAGCAUCUCCGUCUCUCCCGGCCGUCACGAACGGCUGCGCCGCUACUUUUCAGAUGAGCUCAAGUCCCUAUUCAGUCUCGACUUUGAAGCCCUCAACCAGUCGGACAAGAUCGACUUCUUGCUUCUCCGCAACUUCCUCAGGCGCAAGAACCACCAGUUGUAUGCCCAGAAGGAGGCCAACAAGGAGAUCCAACGCUUGAUUCCCUUUGCACAGCUCAUCACAACGCUGUGCGAAGCUCGCCGAGACGUCGACCCCCUGUCGAAUGAGCGGGUCGCCCAGCAACUCGACGACAUUGCAAGGCUGGUCAACCAGGUCAAGGACGGCAUUGAGAAUGACAGAAUCAAGAUUAGCAAGACGGCUGCUUUCAGAGCUUCCAAGGUGGUCACAGAGCUGCGAGGCCAUCUCCAGGAAUUCUUCAACUUUUAUUCAUCGUACGAUCCCAUGUUCGACUGGUGGGCUACCGCCCCGUGGAAGGAAGCCGACUCUGCAAUGUCACAAUUCAUCCCGCUGAUCCAGAACAAGUUGGCGGGAAUGCACCAGGGGGAGACUGGCGAUAUCAUCGGCGAGCCUCUUGGCAGAGAGGCGUUGCUGGCUGAGUUGGAGGCCGAGAUGAUUCCCUACUCGCCCGAGGAGCUCAUCACUCUAGCCAAGGAACAGUUCCACUACUGUGAAUUGCAGAUGAAGGCGGCCUCCGAGGAGCUUGGUUAUGGUGACAACUGGAAGAAGGCUCUCGACUCUGUCAAGAAGCACGCCGUCCCUCCCGGCGAACAAACAAGCUUUGUGAAGAAGCUCGUCCGCGAGGGUGCCGCCUUUGUCAAGGAGCAUGAUCUAGUCACUGUCCCGCCAUUGGCAGAGGAGGUGUCUCGCAUGACAAUGAUGAGCCCCGAGAUGCAAAAGGUCGCACCAUUCUUCCUGGGCGGCCCUCUCAUCAUGGUUGCCUACCCAACUGCCGAUAUGCCCCAUGAGCUGAAGAAGAUGGUGAUGCGCGGCAAUAACAGGCACUUUGCCCGCGCAACCGCGUUCCACGAGAUGAUUCCCGGCCAUCGCCUCCAGCUCUACAUGAGCGAGCGACACAACAGCCACAGGCAGAUCUUCACCACGCCUUUCAGCAUUGAAGGUUGGGCCAUGUACUGGGAGUAUGUCUUCUGGGAGCGCGGCGACUUCUUCGAGACUCCCGAAGACCGCAUCGGCACCAUGUUCUGGAGAAUGCACCGCUGCGCCCGCAUCAUCUUCUCUCUCAAGUUCCAUCUCGGACUUAUGUCUCCCCAAGAAUGCAUUGACCUGUUGGUUGAGUGGGUUGGCCACGAAAGGUCCACUGCCGAGGGUGAAGUUAGAAGGUCGUUUAACGGGGAUUACGGCCCCCUUUACCAGGCUGGUUACAUGCUCGGCGCACUGCAGCUGUUUGAGCUGCGCAGGGAGGUUUUGGAGAGCAAUGCCAUGUCUGAGAAGGACUUCAACGACGCGUUCCUCAAGGCCAACUUCAUGCCCAUCGAACUGUUCCGAGCCCUGGUCCUAGAUUUGGAGCUGCAUCCGGAUUACACGCCCAAUUGGAAGUUUAACAAAUAAAGGGAACACGCCCUGAACGGGGAUAGUUGACGAGAAGGAAAAGUUGGCAUUCAUUUUUGGGUUUGGGUUCUCUCGCUGUUGGGGGGAGCUUGUACCGCGUCUCUAUGCAUUUGCUCUUGACUCCGUUUAGCACGUUUUCAUACUACAACACACAGCCUCAGCAAGCCGCAUAGCGAACGAUGAUCUACUGGUUAAGUAUUUGCUUUCUUCAUAGGUAUCUAAUGUUAUAUGAUGGAUGAAAUUUUAUGAAAGUUGAUGUCUUUACUUUAAUUUACUCUUUCUUAAUGCUUGC